CGCAGUCCGGUUCACCGACACCUGGAAUAAAGCGCGGAUGCACCUGCAGUUACCGAUCAUGGCACUCGUGUCGUCUCGCUCUGGUGGUGUCUUUGUCCAACGCUCACCCUCCGUGUGUCUCUGAGAGGAACCAUGCUGUCGGGAAGCUGGCGCCGUGGAACCGUGAUCUCGGGGUCCAGGCUGGGCAGUACUGUGGUUCUGGAGGCUCAGUAUGAUUACUCGUACCGCUCCGUUGACGGCCAUCUGGUCUCCAUACACGAGGGCGAGCGCUUUCUGCUGCUGAAAAAGACCAAUGCGGACUGGUGGCAGGCGCGGAGGAUCGGGGUCGGCGCGAAGGUCAAACCCAUAUAUGUGCCAGCGACAUACGUCAUUGAGCUGCCUAUCAGCCAAUUCCGGCCCUCGCUACCCUCCAGCCAAUCAGCAUCCGAGAGCUUCAAGAUGAUUCCACGAGGUUCCCUCACACCCUGCAUGCAAACGCACGGCUCAGUGCCUGAUAAGCAGUUCUGUCGUUCCAUGGAGAAUCUCAGCUGCAGCAGUGCCUUGAUGGACAAACACAGAGUCUCAGCGCGAGGACGUUUCCCGACGUUACCCCUGUUCGGUUCCUCCGCCUCGCCCUCGGGUCACCUCUCGGUUCCCGGCGUCCCGAUCGCCCGCAGCCAAAGCUCCAGCAACCUUCCCCAGAACCCAUACCAGAACCAGGACCCGAGCCCCAGCAGCCCGACUAAAUCCUGCAGCCAGUGGGACAUGAGCGCGGCCGCUCACAGACACACGCAGGGACGCAUACAGUUCUGA